AUUUCUUUCGAUUGAUAAUUUUUUUCCUUAACACGAUAUUAUGCUAUCGCGAUACAGGUUUUUAUCUUCAUAUGUAUCUCCAAAAGCAAGAGCGAUAGUUUUUGAAAAAUAUGGAAAUCCGAAGGAUGUUCUCAGAGCUUAUACACAUGAAUUACCGCCUUUAACUCCCACAACUUUGCAUAUACGUUUUCUUGCUUCUCCUAUUAAUCCAGCUGAUAUUAAUCAAAUUGAAGGUGUCUACCCAGCGAAACCUACUUUCACUAAGGAAUUAGGUAUUUUACCCGAUGGAGAACAUAAAGAAUUAGCAGUUGGAGGGAAUGAAGGUGUAGCAGAAAUAAUCGCUGUUGGAGAACAAAUUAAAGAUUUAAAUGUUGGUGAUUGGGUUAUCAUGGGAAGAUCUGGAUUCGGUACUUGGCGUACACAUGCUGCAACAACUCCAAAUGAUGUAAUACGUUUUAAUAAUAAGGAAAUUGGAUUAAUUCAAGCCGCAACUUUAUCAGUAAAUCCUUGUACCGCAUAUCGCAUGUUAAAGGAUUUUGUUACGCUAAAAAAAGGUGAUUUUAUGAUCCAAUGUGGGGCUAACAGCAGCGUUGGUCAAUCUGUAAUCCAGAUUGCUAAAGCAUGGGGCAUAAACACAAUUAACAUUGUUCGAAACAGACCUGAUAUUGAAAAUUUAAAAACGCAUCUAAAAUCACUUGGUGCAACUCAUAUAAUUACUGAUCAAGAGUUAAGGAAUUAUAAAACCAAAAGUUUGAUAAAGGAAUGGACAGGUGGUAAUAUUAUCAAAUUAGGACUUAAUUGUGUUGGUGGAGAAGUAGCAACAGAAAUGGCAAAAUUUCUUGGCCAAAAUGGAACUCAUGUAACAUACGGAGCUAUGUCAAGACAGCCAUUUUUUGUUCCAGCAUCACAUUUAAUAUUUAAAGAUAUUAAAUUUUUAGGAUUUUGGAUGUCAAAAUGGAACAAAACUCAUUCAAGAGAAGAAAAAGGUGAAAUGUUAAAUGAAGUUAUCAAAUUAAUGAAAUUUAAAAAAGAAAGCCCGGCUGAUAUUGCUUUUGAAGAAGUUCUUUGGGGAAAUCAAAAUGAAAGUGAUGAAUCUUUAAAAAAUAAGUUUUUGAGUGCUUUGGAUAAAUCUGGUGCUGGCUUUCAUGGAAAAAAACAAAUAUUAAAAAUGCAAACUUGACUGACUUAUUUGGAUAAUUAAAUAUAAAAAAAAAAAUUGUAAUAUUUUUUUAAAAUAAUUCAUGUAUAUAAUCAAAUAACAAAUUAAAACUAAAUAUGAAACUUC